GUUGUCUGACGAGACAAAGCAGGUACUACGCAAGCAGCCUGGUCGUUCAGGAGGCACCUCCGGCGCUUCGCUACAUCAUGUCUUCAGGGAGAGCCUGACACAAUGUUAUCCAACCCAGAGCAUCAGAUGGGUCCCUUGAUCACCACCGACGCUGAUGGCGAUAGCGAGCUGGAACAGAAUUCUGGAAUCGAUGCGCUUCCUCAGGUAAAUCGAGACACGUGGGAGAAGUCUUCUAUUGGGCCGCCAAAGACGUGGUCUGAUACCCUUCGCUCGUUCGCUGCAUUCAUCACAACGUUGCCGCACCCUUCGGCUAUCUUCUGGGGAGACGAGCUAGUGCUCUUGUACAAUGAAGCCUGGAGCGUGGCAACAGAUGGUGCAGCGAAGCAGGGCGUGAAAUACAAGCAGCUACUAGGGGAUGAAGCAGUGAGCAUGAUCCGAACCGCCUUGCUUGGAAGGACUCGUCAGACUUUGCAGCCCGAGAUUUUCGUGAAAAAAAUCGCACAGGAUGGAAUGAAAUGCUUGGCACUGUUGUCGCCGCUCUUCGAAGGGUAUAAUAAAAUAGGAAGUGGAGUUCUAGUUCAGCUUCUACCAAUGUCUCCCAAGCAGGUACAGCGCAAAACCGAGCAGCAAGACAUGAUGCGACAGGUGCAAGAAUCGCUGAAUGACAAAACAGGCCUGGACGGAGCCGUCGAGUCCGGACGCAGUGCUCUUGACGAUCUUCCACUGGACGAGAACCCGUUUUUCCAACGAUUCGCAGCCAUGCUUCCAACAGGAAUGGCUAUCCUCAAUUACAAAGCCGAGGCAGUGUUUGUCAAUGAGCAGUUCUUCGAGCUGACAAAAUCUGCGGGGCAAAAUUUCAAAUCAUGGCCACAAUCUAUCCAUCCAGAGGAUUAUGACCGAGUCAUGAGCGCAUAUCAAGAGUCGUUCAAAGGGUCCGGAAAGACGCUUCGAAUUGAGUUCCGCACCAUUGGGCCGAAGGAUAACUGGCGACUCCUUAUGUUAUCGCCACUUGGCGAUAGCCGCAUGAGAGACAAGUCGAUAGAAAAGUAUGGUGGGUUUGUCUGCGCCGUCAUUGACAUCACGCCCAACAAGGCUCAGGAACUAGCACAACGUCGGGCUGCUGAUGAAGCUUUGGAAAGGAAGGAGCAGCAAGAGCGGUUUAUCGAUAUGAUAUCUCACGAAAUUCGGAACCCACUCUCAGCAGUCCUUCAUUGCGCCGAGGAAAUAUUAGAAAUUGUACAAGCCAAGAAGGCCGAUGAGGUGGAGAAGAUCGAGUUCUCUAAAGCUGAUACAUCUGCAAUCAACGAAAGCGCAGAGACCAUCAAGCUAUGCGUAACUCACCAGAAAAAUAUUGUCGAUGAUAUCUUGUCUUUCUCCAAACUGGACGCCUCCAUGCUUUCGCUCUGCCCAAGAAGCGUUCAGCCAAGGCGGCAAUUGGCGGACACUUUAAAGAUGUUCCAACCUGAGAUCAAGAAGCAGCACAUGGAGCUCGACUACAUAAUCGACACCUCGUACGAGGAAGUGGGAAUCGACUGGGUGAUGGCUGAUCUUAUACGAAUAUCUCAGGUCCUGGUGAAUUUGAUCACGAAUGCCAUCAAAUUCACAGCGAAGAAAGAGGGUGAAAGAAAGAUCACUACGAUGGUCGGGGCGUCGAUCGAAAGACCCUCUUCUUAUCCACCAAAUAUCGUGUUUUUUGACACGGAAGACCAUGGAUUUCGAAUGGAUGGCACAAACUCUUCCGACUGGGGGAAUGGCCGAGCUCUAUAUAUCAUGGUAGCGGUUAAGGAUACGGGUAUAGGGAUUAGCGCGACCGACCAAAAGAAGCUUUUCCAGCGAUUCCGACAAGCAACGCCUAAAACAGAAGAAUCAUAUGGCGGCUCAGGUCUAGGUCUCAUGAUAUCCAGGAAAUUAUGUCAAUUGCACGGUGGAGAGAUUGGUGUGAGUUCGAUUGAGGGUGUGGGAAGCACAUUUGGCUUCUUCUUUAGAGUGCGCAGGGCAGAAGACAAGGAUCGGCCGUCCAAGAAGGAGCAACUUAGCUCGAGCGAGAUCACGGAACAGAUACAUAAGCUCACGAAGGGCGAUGCUCCGAUCGAGGACGUUCCUGACGAGCAGAUGCAAGAAAAUCUGAAGAACCCUAGGGUCGAGCACACAGAAGCAGCGAGCCCUGGUGUCAAGGGCGAUGCGAUGUGGGAGAACACUGCCGAAAUUGCGAGCCAUGUGGGUGAAGCUAGGGAGGAUGAGUACGGCCAGAAGUCGCGUCCAACACUGUCGAGUACACGAAGCAUGGGGAGUGGUGGUGCAGGCUCCGAGACGAGAGCACCGAGCACACUCGAGAAAAUGCAGAUGCGCACUGACUCGGACGUGCACGAGGAGAAGGCAGUGGACAAAAGUUCUACUACGUCCGCUUCUGUGGAGAACCAAGAGGGCAGGCCGCACAUCCUUCUUGUGGAGGAUAAUGUGAUCAAUCAGCGGGUUAUAAAAAGGAUGCUGGAAGGCAAAAAAUUCAUCGUUACGACGGCAAGCAAUGGAAGUGAGGCGGUCGAAGUAGUGAAACAGCACUCUCGGACGCGGCGGAAUUCCCAGCCUCAGUUCGACGUCAUUCUCAUGGACCAGGAGAUGCCAGUGCUGGACGGGAAUGCGGCCACGAUGCGGAUUCGCGAGCUGGAGAAGGACGGCGAGGUGUUUCACACGCCGAUUCUGGGAGUCACUGCAAAUGUUCGAGAAGAGCAAAGGAACAACAUGGUGGAGGCCGGAAUGGACGACGUAAUCAGCAAGCCGUACUCUAUGGAGGAUCUCGUGGCAAAGAUCGAGGCCCUUGUGGAAAGACACAGACAAGGUUGGGAGGCUACUCUGGCGAGGAGAGGAAAGGACCGUGGACCAAAUGGUUAAGUCUGCAACAGCAGAAGAUGGACGAACAUGGUCGGCGUUUUUGGGUGGAUGAAAUUUUGGUUUGUCAUAGCACCUGUCCUGGCGUUUGUAUGGUGUAGAAUGGCAGAACAGAUCAUAUGUAUGUAAUAUAUGCAAGAACAAUGUUGAAAACGUUUGUGAUUCUCGCA